AUGGCAUGUUGCGUCUUCACAGCAUAUGUGAUGAACAGGAUCAUUAAAGCCUGUGAGCUAUUCGACGUUAAAAUUCUAGAUAUCCAGUACAAUGGAUUCGACGAUGGCUUUGUCGGCUGGGAGGCACCAGAGAAUGCCUCCAGGUUCAUCUCAACUCGUCUCGCCAUCACUGGCAUGUUUUGUGGUGCUUGUGCGGGCAACAUCGAGAAGGCCGUUCAAGAACUCGAAGGCGUCGACCGUAUAUCCGUUUCUGCUUCUUUGGAGAGAGCGACCGUCGUGCAUGAUGUUCUGAAAGUCCGCGCAAAGUCGCUUGUCGCGACGAUUGAGGAUCUUGGCUAUGGUGCGACAUUGGGUGAGCGCUCGGCUGAGCAGAAUUUGCAGCUGCUCGAGAGGACUGAAGAGUUGCGUUCUCUGCGGUCGUCUUUUCAGGGUGCCGCUACUCUAGCAUCGGCAAUUGCUGGAAUUGAGCAGUUGCGCUUUUUCUUAUCACGGACAUCUUGGGGACGGCAUUCAACCGGGCUCUUGCAAUUGUCAGCAUUCUCCCUGGCGCUCUGGGUGCAGGUCUACGACUCGAGAUGGAUCCAUAAGUCCGCUUGGUCUCGUGGUAGGCAUGGGAACUUUACGAUGGAUACACUAAUUUCACUUUCUCUGCUACUCGGAAUGUCCCUGUCCGUGUUUAAUUUGAUGUUGAGAGGCCUAAAUGAUGGCCAGACACAUUUCACGUCGGGCUCAUUCCUGGCAACUAUCAUCACAGCGGGUCGAUACUUGGACACGCUUCUCAAGAAAAAGAACGUGACGAAUUUUACAGCAUUGUACAAGAUGCAGGCUGAAGCAGCGUUGGUGAAGGUUCGAAAGGACGGCGCAUAUGUCCCGGCAGCCUUGCUUCGACUACAGCAAGAAAUCGAGAUCGGACCGGGUUCUAUCAUUCCCUGCGACUGCUACGUGAUCGAAGGCACAUCGACUGUGGAUCAGUCAAUUAUGACGGGCGAGGCUAUCCCGGUCAGGAAAUCAACGGGCGAUUUUCUGCUCUCGGGAACGAGAAAUUUGUCUCAUCCGCUCAUUGCCAUUGUUAAUAAAGAACAACGCGAUUCAUCCCUAGAUCAACUCAUUGAUGAUAUUAGCUCGGCCACAGAGCACAAAAUGGAUGGACAAGAGGGAGUCGAAACCAUAACUACCUAUUUCGUCCUGACAAUAUUGAUGUUGACCGUCCUUGGCUUCUCCCUGGCUUGCACAAGAGAUACUAUCAACGCGCUUCCUCUCGUCGAUCGCAUCAACUUUGCAAGUGAGCGCGCCAUGACGAUCCUCGCCGCUGCAUGCCCUUGUGCCCUUGGUCUUGCCACACCUUCCGCCGUUAUGGCUGGAAUUGAUGCCGCGUGGUCAAAAGGAGUUCUUUUCCUCAAUGGAGCCCGCACCAUCGACAACUUGAGCAAGCUCACGCAUGUCGUGAUGGACAAGACAGGUACUCUUACCGAAGGUCGACUGGAGGUCACUGGCAUCGAAUUCACUCCUCAAUUCGAUUCGAGAAGGAACCUUUGCUAUCGACUACUCUGUGCUGCAGAGCGGGCAGAGGCGCAAUCGCACCCUGUGGGCAAAGCGGUAUUCCAAUGGGCUCUGACGCAGCUGGGAGCAGAGGACAAACGCCUCCAGGGUAAGGCUUGUACUCGCAAUCUCAGCAGUGUUCCCGGCAAAGGAAUAUCCUGCGAAGUCGAAGGCACUCACGGCACAUGGUACCAGGUCGACGUCGGCAACUCCAAUUUCUUACUGGAGAACAAAAUCUCAACACCCCUUCUGACCAAUUCACAAAGUGCAACCCUAUCCGGCACAGCCGUGUACUUCGCGAUCAACAACAUGUACGCCGGCAGACUCGACCUCCAAGACAUGAUCCGCAGCAAUGCCUCGAGCGUGAUAUCGGAUUUGCAAUCCCUCAACCUCCAGCUCUCGAUGCUAACCGGCGACACCGCCGCCGAAGCCGCACGAGUAUCCUCACACCUACAAAUCCCGGUGCUGGCAUCCAAAUCCCUCCCGUCAGAUAAACACCACCACAUCGUGACACUGCAAUCCUCCGGCGCAAAAGUCGCCAUGCUGGGCGACGGCAUCAACGACGCACCCGCCCAGGCCGCUGCGGACGUGGGCAUCCUCCUCUCACUGUCACGCAGCGCCGUCACGGGCGCCGCGGACGUCAUCGUCAUGAGUCCCGACCUCGCGUGCGUACCGAAGAUGGUUGAGAAUGCGCGGUUGACCAAAUCCCAUGCGACGAGAAAUGUCGUCUGCGCGGCGGCGUAUAACAUCGUCGCUGUAGGAUUAGCGAUGGGCGUCGCGGAGCCGUGGGGCUUGACUAUUGAUCCAAGCAUGGCGGGGACGAUGAUGGCGUUCAGUAGUCUGGGCUUGUUGGCGAGCAGUCUUUGGUUGAGGAGGAGGUUGCAGUGA